CCCUUCCAGUUGGACAUACAUUCUCCCCCCCGGAACACCAUUCGGGGCGGAAGAGGGAGCCCUUCUAUUGCCCAAACUGAUUUGAAGGGGGUGUGGAAAAGGCCGUGCGUUGUGAUAAGGGCGCUGUCUCCUAGCAACCGAGGGCGAGAGGGGUUUCGGAGUUGCCGGCGCCGCCUGAGGAUCCGGAUGUGUGAAGUUGGCGAAGCUGGCCGUGAAUUUCCACGGGACCUCCUGGCCGUGAGCGUGUCUUUCGCCCUGAUGGUGGCUGCAUCCGCCCUGGCCGGGACGCCGCCGCCUUCGAUCCCUCCAGUUGUUCCCGGUGGAUGCUGUGCGGAACUCCUGGAUGAGAUCGGCCUCUGUCCUCCAAGCAGCCUUUGUCAUUCAGACUGUUACAGACAUUGGUUCGAGAAUGGCAGCUCCACCUGCAUUAGGUGUGUGAACGGGACGUCAGUACAUCCAUCAGCCAAUCAGACAGCGUGCGUUAACUUGCAUUUCAGCUACAACGGAAAAGUAUCAAACGACACCACUAUGGGCCCAACCAUCCUUAAAAUUGGGGGACCAGAAAUUGCUGCCUUGGUGUGUCUCGGAACACUCGCUAUCAGUUCUCUCUUAAUUUUGUCCGUGGCUGCUUUUUUCUACCUCAAACGGUCGAAGAGGCUCCCGUUUUUGUUUUACCAACAAGGCAAAGAUUCCAUUCUUCAGCCAAGUGAGAUGGCAGAAAUGAUGAGGAGUUCCGUUCGAUCAGUCAGAAAGCAGAGAUAUUCCAGAAGGGAGCGCAUGUCUGCGUCUGCGACCUCGGCUGCCACUGUGAACGACAUUUGACUUCUGGCCAGCACCGACCCCGUGUGCUGGAGAUGUGUGGGUCAUUUAAAGGUUGGCUGUAGGGAAGGAGUGGUGAUUCAUGGACACCACUGUUAGGUUAGAAGACUUGUGCCACCGACGGCCACAACGGGUCCGAGGUGAGUACUCGGCCCAAAGUGACUGAAGUAGAAAUGCACAUGAGCAGGUACCUGGUGGAAAUCGGAUGCUAUUUUAACUUCAGGACUUCUGAUAUUCAGUAGGAAUACAAAAGGCAUUGUCAGUGUGUGAGAGAGAGCGACAGCUUCUUCCCCGGAUGCUUUUCCACCUGUUGGUCGCUGUCUAGAGAAACUGACCUGCUUUUUCCUCCUCACUUGACUUGGCCUGUCACCCCCACAGGGACAUCGGCCCCAACGACAGUUCGUCAGAGUCAUCUGCCCUGGGCCAGUCUUUCAAGUUGUCUGCAGGUGUAGUCCAUCUUCGAAGAUCCUCCUUCUCUCAGGGAUUAAGUCUUUGGAGCUUCUGUUGGUGUUUCUGUAGAUCUGGGUUUUUAUGGAUGGGGUUGCUAGUCCCGUGUCCAACCCUUCUCUUUUUGCAGCCGGGCUUGGGACGUAUGGUGGAGUUUUCUGUUCAGUGCUGUACAUCUUUACGUCAGUCUAAAAGCACAACACAGUUUGAAAGGAAGUCUGCAUCCUGUCCUUCUGUAGAAGCUGAUAUUUUAUUCCGGCUUCAAUGAAGCCCUUUAGUUUGAGAUCAUCAGUCCUCUGAGCUCCGAUUCACCUGCUCUGCUCAACAAUUCUUUGUGGGAUCUAACCAAGUGCUGCUUCCACUGGGGAUGGGCGGCUGAACGCAGUUGCCCCAGAUUCUGUUGGUCAACACAUUUGUGUCUGAGUCCAAGUGGACGUUGGAGAUGGUAACUGAAGCUUGGUUUUUCAGGCUGACCUCUCGUCAGCUUCCAAGCUUGUCCAUUGUAUUGGGUGGAGAGGGAUAUAUAGGAUAAUAAGUCCGUGUAACUUUUAGCUAGUAUUGGAUAGUGUUUGAUGUAUAUAUUAAAAAGAUAAAAUAAAAUAAAUAUUUCCUUACUGUUCUCUUUGUUUUGUACUUAGGAGCAUUCAUUGUAUUUUUUAAAGGAAAGAUGUGCCCCACCGCCUCUGUUUCCUCAGGCACUGAACUGUAAACACUUCAAACUGCUUCUCGUUGUGAGCAGUUUUGGGCCCCUUAUCUAGGAAAAUGUGCUGGCUUUGCAGAGGGUUCAGAAGAAUGAUCCCAGCAGUCAAAAUGUUGAUGUAUGAGGGGUGUUUGAGGGCUCUGGGUGCGUACUCACUGAAAUUUUGAAGAAUGAGUGGGGAUUUCUCUGAAACCUAUCAAAUAUUGAGAGGCUUAGAUAGAGUGGACAUGGAAAGGAUGUUUUCAGUAGAGGGGGAGUCCAGGACCAGAGGGCAUAAACUUAGAAUAUAAGGAUGACCCUUUAGAACAGAGAUCAGGAAUUUCUUAAGCCAGAGUGUGGUAAAUAUGUGAAUUUAUUGCUCAUGGCAGAGAGGGCUUUACCCAUGAUGGACUGGGCUGAAUCCACUACUUUUUGUAGAAUUUUCCAUUCAAGGGCGUUGGUGUUUCCAUACCAGGCUGUGAUGCAGCCAGUCAUUGCAUUUCUAUAAAAGUUUGUCAGAAUUUUAGAUGACUCCUCAAACUCCUGAGGAAGUAGAGAGGUUUGAUUGGUCUUAGUACAAAUAAAUCCAAAAACUCAAAAGUAAAUUUAUUAUCACAGUCCAUACAGUAUAUGUCACCAUAUUGAGCCCUGACAUUCAUCUUGCAGGCAUUCACAGUAGAAAUACAGUAAAAUUAAUGAAAAACUACACCCAGACUUAACAAACAAUAAGUGUCAAAAAGAAGACAAACUAUGCAAAAUGCAAAAAUAAAAUCAAAUACUAAGUAAAUAAAUAAUACUGAGAACAUGAAUUGUAGAGAGCUCCAAAGUGAGGUUUAGGUUUGAGCACAUCUAUAUGGAAAUGCUGUUGCAGGCAAGCAGCAUCCAUCAUCAGGGACCCCCACCACCUGGGACAUUCUCCCUUCUCGCUGCUGCCAUCAGGAAGAAGGUACAGGAGUGUCAGGACCAGCCAGGUUCAGGAGUAGUAAUUACCCCUCAACUGUCAGGCGCUUGAACCAAAAGGGAUAACUUCACUUGCCCAUCAUUGAAAUAUUCCCACAACCAAUGGACUCACUUUCAAGAAUUCUUCAUCUCAUGUUCUCGAUGCUUAUUGCUCAAUUAUUAUUAUUUAUUUCUUAUUUGAACAGUUUGUCUUUUGCACACCUGUAGAUUGCCCAUGGUGCAAUCUUUCAUUGAUUCUGUUAUGAUUAUUAUUCUAUAGAUUUUUUGAGUAUGUCUGCAAGAAAAUGAAUCUCAGGGUUGUAUAUAGUGACAUAUCUAUACUUUGAUAAUACAUUUACUUUGAACUUUUGAGGUUGAGGUGAGUGAAGAUAUCCAUGGUGGUUUAGGAGCCUGGUAGUUGAGGGGUAGUAACCUGGUGGUCUGGGACGCUAGGCUCCUGUUCUUUUUUCCUGAUGGCAGCAGCGAGCGUGGCCAGGGUGGUGAGGUCCUUGAUGAUGGAUGCCACUUUCCUGUGACAGCGCUCCUUAUAGAUGUGCUCAAUUGGAAACUCGUGGUACCAAUUGAUAUUAUAUUAAAUAUUUUGCCUACUGCAGUUUUUUUUUCAGUUUUACAGAAAAUAAUUAUCAAUUAAAUUAUGAUUUCAUGUAAUUAUGAUUUCAAUUAAAAGGAUAUCCAUUCCAUGGAUUAUGUAGUUUUAGUAUGAGGUAUGGCAGGGAUGAGUCACACCUGCAGUCCCGCUUGUGGCCACAGCAGGGCAGUCUAGAUUGAGUUUACAGCCAAUGAUAAUCAAACCACUGCAGCUGCUGUAAAGCUGAGAUAAAAACUGAGGGGGGGGGUGCAGAAAGGCUCUGUGAGUUGGGUAGGAUGUUCUGAAUGGUCCACAGACCUGGACCUUUAGUCAGUUCAUGUUCUAGAACCUUGACCAAUGGUUCUGGAACUGCAACAUUAACCCGAUAAGAUUCAAGGAGCAAAGAAACCAGGCUUAGGUCCCUUGUCACCAGGUUCAGGGAAAAAUUAUUAUCCUUCAUCAGUUUCCUGAAUCUGCAAGGAUAAUUUCACUCAACUCAACACUGAACUGAUUCCACAACCUACAGACUCUCUUUAAAGGACUCUACAAUUCCAGUUCUCAGUAUUUAUUUAUUUAUUUUUGUUUUUUGCAAAAUCUGUAUUUGUUUGCACGUUGGUUAUUUUCUGCCUUUGUAGUUUUACAUUGAUUCUAUUGAAAGUCUUUGUGUUUCUGUGAAAGUCUCUACUGUGAAUCUCAGAUGGUUGGUAUAUGGUGACAUACACAUACUUUGAUAAUAAAGUUACUGUGGACUUCAACUGUUAAGAGGUCAGCACCAUCUCAUGUGUUGUAGUGUUCUUUGUAUCAGUCAAAUAAACCUCUAAAUUGCUUUCUCUAAA